GUUCGUCGGCUUGAGCCAAUUUCCUACCGGCGGUCUUCAGUCAACGAGGAUUGCAGAGCUCGGGUCUUGCCCUGUGUCAGAUCCUCUAAUCGGUCGAUUUGCGCAGUUUAAUCUACACAAUAGGCUGUAAUUUUAUUUGUGUCUGGUUUACAUCUAGUGUCGCUAUUAUACUAUUUUCUGUCCAUUUGCAACACGUUUGAUAGUUUAGGCGUGCAUCUUGUUAAAUAAUUUCUACGUGAUGCGUGAAAUCGUCCACCUUCAAGCCGGUCAAUGCGGCAACCAGAUCGGCUCAAAGUUCUGGGAGGUGAUCAGUGACGAGCACGGCAUCGACCCCGUGGGACAGUCUCUCGCUGAGAACGAGCUGCAGCUCGAGAGGAUCAGCGUCUACUACAAUGAAGCUUCAGGAGGACGCUACGUGCCUCGGGCGGUGCUGGUCGACCUGGAGCCCGGGACGAUGGAGGCGGUGAGGGGCGGGCCCGUGGGGCGGCUCUUCAAGCCCGAUAACUUCGUCUUCGGGCAAAGCGGAGCGGGCAACAACUGGGCGAAGGGCCACUACACGGAGGGCGCUGAGCUCGUCGACUCCGUCAUGGACGUCAUCAGGAAGGAAGCUGAGAACGCCGACUGCCUCCAGGGCUUCCAGCUCACACACUCCCUAGGAGGCGGCACAGGGUCUGGUAUGGGGACGCUUCUUGUUUCGAAGAUCAGGGAAGAAUAUCCUGACAGAAUUAUGAACACAUUCUCCGUUAUACCCAGCCCAAAAGUAUCGGACACUGUGGUUGAGCCCUACAACGCGACGCUCUCGGUGCACCAGCUCGUCGAAAAUACCGACGAGACUUUCUGCAUCGACAAUGAGGCUCUCUACGACAUCUGCUUCAGAACAUUGAAGCUUACUUCUCCAUCGUACGGCGACCUAAACCAUCUAGUUUCUGUUACCAUGUCAGGCGUUACUACCUGCCUAAGAUUUCCUGGCCAGCUGAACGCGGACCUCAGGAAGCUGGCGGUGAAUAUGGUACCUUUCCCGCGACUACAUUUCUUCAUGCCAGGCUUUGCACCGCUCACUGCUAGAGGGUCGCAGGUGUACCGCUCGCUCACGGUGCCGGAGCUCACGCAGCAGAUGUUCGACAGCAAGAACAUGAUGACUGCGUGCGACCCGCGACACGGCAGAUACCUCACCGUUGCUGCAAUAUUCAGAGGUAAAAUGUCAAUGAAGGAAGUAGACGAACAAAUGCUGGCCGUCCAGAAUAAAAAUUCUAGCUAUUUUGUGGAAUGGAUUCCAAACAACGUUAAGGUUGCUGUGUGCGACAUACCUCCCAGAGGCCUAAAGAUGUCAUCGACCUUCAUUGGAAACUCGACGGCUAUUCAAGAAAUUUUUAAGCGAAUAUCCGAGCAGUUCACGGCGAUGUUCCGGCGCAAGGCGUUCCUGCACUGGUACACAGGCGAGGGGAUGGACGAAAUGGAGUUCACUGAAGCCGAGUCCAACAUGAACGACUUGGUCUCCGAGUAUCAGCAAUACCAGGAUGCGGGGGCUGACGAAGACGAGUAUCCCGACGAACAAGAGGAAGAGGAGGUUGCGGCAGGCGAAAAUAACGCAAUGGACUAAACCCGGAACUGUUGCAAACAAAAACCAUAAAAUGCUGCUGAGCGCUUGACUUCUCUGAACACAAUUAUCCUGUGAUCUAUACUACCAACAAGACAGUUACAAAUAUUUUUUUUCUUUUCUAUCCAUUGGCAGGUACAGCAUUGAUCUGGUUAUGCGAUCUUCACUGAAUGAGGGUAGAAUAUUUAUGCGCAGUUAUUAUCUAUAAAAACUCAGAAUAAAGCCAACCCGAUUCAUUUCGUACGAACGAUUGUGAAAAUAUCGUAUCUCGACUUAGUCGGUAUGCUACACUUACUUUCAUUAAAUUGUCUUUUCC